GAAAAAUGGAGUCUUGAGUCCAGUUUGAUUUCUAGACAGAAGUAUUUUUUUCCCAAGCUGGAGAUCAUAAUUAGUAUGAGUCUUGCAAUUUAAAAAUACCUUUUCUUAGUCCUUGACUUUUUUCCAAUCUUAAUUUUGGCUUUAUUUUUUGUGAUACAACUAGAAUCUAACCAAGGGUGUAAUAUUUUUAGUAACUCCAAAUGGCUGGGUCAGGGAAAGGAAGAGGACGUGCUGCAUUUACUUUCAACAUCGAGGCUAUUGGCUUUGCCAAAGGUGAAACGCUACCUGAAGUAGCAUUCAAGCCCCCUCCACUGUUUCCUCCAACAGAUUUUAAGCCAGUGCCUCUGAAAAUGGGAGAGGAAGAGGAUUAUAUGUUGGCCUUAAAGCAAGAAUUUAGAGCAAGUAUGAAAAAAAUGCCUUAUUUUAUGCAAAAAGAAGAUGAAAAUCAAGGAAUUGAAAAAUAUAGUAAAAAGUACCUGCAGAUGAGAAAAGAAUCCAUGGAAUGGACCCCAGAUUGGCGAAGACUCCCAAGAGAGAUGAAGCCAAGGAAAAAGACCAAAAAAGCAGGUGGAAAAACGAAAAAAGCAAAAGUUGCCACACCCAAAAGUAAUGUGGAUGUGUUGAAAAAAAUUGAGGAGUUGGAAAAGAAAGGUGAUGAAGAAAAAUCUGAUGAGGAAAAGGAGAAAGAAAAAGACAAAGAGGGUGAAGAAGAAGAAGAAGCAGCAGCAAAUGAACAAGAAUAUGAUGAAGAGGAACAUGAAGAGGUACAGGUUCCUUUUCCAGCUCUAACAAAACAGACCCUAUUUGUUAGAGGAAAACGACUACAUUGCUUCAUAUUUUGAAGAUGGCGAUGACUUUGGUGCUGGCAGUGACGACAAUAUGGAUGAAGCAACCUAUUAGUUAUUUGUAUUAGAUUGUGUCCUACCCUGGCCUUCUAAUACAUCCACUAAACCAUUUGGACCCAGUUGUAGGUGGGCUGAGCACUCACAACUCUUGAUGCGGCUAAUUGGAGUUGGAGUGCUGAGUUCACCCUCAGAUGAAAGGGCAUUUUUUUUCUGAUUUAUUUAACGGGGUUGAAAAAUGGGAGACCUAGCUGCCAUAUUCUGUUCUUCCAAAAUGCUUUGGAGACAGGUGUUUAUCACUGCAAGGUUCUCUAGAACUCAUGGUUCUAUAGAGUACUAUAUAUGCCUUUGUAUUGCCUCUGCUGCACUGGAAAAGAAUAUGCAUUUUGACUGAAUUGUGCCUAAGCAUUUGCACUUCUCUCCAUUCUAUGCAUGGGUGGAAUCAAAUCCUGUUCCGGAUUUGAAGUCAUACUUCAGAGGAUACUAAAGUCAGUAGCAAAACUUGUAUUGACUUAAGUGAACCAGGAUUUGGUCCUUUCUGAACACAAGCUGUUCCUACUUAGCUGCUGACUUUCUAAAGGAAUUUAUAAUAAUUUCUGUAAUCAGGGGAUUGAAAUAUAACUGAACACUGAGCACUUUCAUGAACAAAGUAGCCUAAAAGUACUUUGGUACUGUGGACUAACAAGGUAAGGAGAUAAUUUUGAAAGGCUCUUGCAUUCUAAUAAACAGACUUUCAUAAUUCAGCACUUCGACCAAUAGGGAGCAUCUUUCAAAUCAGUGCUUGCUGGGUGUAAGGAGACUUAAUAAAUGAGAUUAGAUUGUGUUUUAUGAAUUACUUUUUGCUGGAAGUGAGGUCUGGGGCUAAUUAGUAGCUUCAUUUAGAGAGGGUUUGUGACUGAGGUUUGAGCAUGGGAGUGGGAAACCAGAAAAUUCUGAUUUCUAGGUUUGGCUCUUCUCUGUGGCCUUGGACAAGUCCCUUAACAUAUCUGCAUCAGUUUCCCCAGCUGUUAAAUGGGGGAAAAUACUACUUCCUACCUCAUAGUACUGUUGAGAGUCGAUGUUCGUAAAAAUACCUGCUACGUAAAUCUGAAAUAGUUUUUAUUUAAUUUACUUCCCAGCACAGCCAAAAAAUCAGAUAGUAAAAGAAAGGUACAUAUAACAGAAGAGUAAUAUGCUACGGUAAACUGUGAUGGUGGUGAAAACAAUACCAUGAAUUCUAUAAAUAUUCUAUAUUUGAGGACGAAUAUGUUGUGACUCUAAUCUUUCCAUUACAGUAAUCCUAGGAGUUAUUUGUAACAAUAGUUGGUAGGUACAACAUUUUCAAAUGUAUCACUAAUAUUUUUGUGUUCCUAAGCAACUUAAUAGGUCUAAUUUUUUAAAAACUGUUAUGUUUUGCUUAAAUUCACUCAAAAUGAAUAGAAAGCACUGGAUCCUAAAAUCUCAGCAUCAGCUGAAAUUGUCACUGUUUCAGUUAUGGCCUUUGAUGCCUUUCUGAAGUAGCCACAGGAGCUGUCUUCAUAAAAGGAGAAGCAUGUGGUUUUAUAGAAUAGGCUGUAAAUUUCCUUUCUGCCAAUCUUCAAGGAAAUGUAAAGCUUAUUCUUAUUGCUUUUUGUUUCCUUCAUGCUUCUGUUUUUCUCUGAAGUACUCCCAGCUGGACUCACAACUACUCUCAAAGAUGGAGAUGCUGAGGAUAAAUCUACCAUUUUAGCUGACUUGAGGAUUGGGGGGGCGGGGGA